AUGCGGGAUUGCGGCGGACCGACAUCCUCUCGCUUCCCAUCACCGUCUACUCCCAUCCCCGUCUACGCCGUCGAGACGCCGGGCGGUGAAGGUUCUUCGCCGCCGCCGCUUGCGGCGCUGGGUUGUCCGAUAUGCCUGUCGGACUUUACGGAUGGGCAGAAGAUCAGGAUUUUGCCGGCAUGCGAUCACCGGUAUCAUGUGAGUUGUAUUGACACGUGGCUGCUUUUGCACGGGUCGUGUCCAACGUGUCGCCACCGGCUGUCGCCGCCUGGAAAGCAGCUUUCGCCGGAGAUAGUUUGA